UGAAUUUUUCGAAUGCUUAAUUUUUUAAUUUGUUUAUUUCUGACGAGAAGAUGAGCGGCGUCUCGAGGCGGCCGGUUGGAAAUGAAAAUGGAGAGGACAGGAAGAGUAACGAGCACCGCAGACUUCCCAGAAAGGAUCAGGAUCAAUCGGGCAGCGUAGCGGUUGUGCUUCCACAGAAAGCGCAACCGAAACGAGCUGCCGAGCUCAUCACUCCCACGGGAGAAGAAGUGGAAGUAAUUAAGGUUUACCUUGAAGCUCGGACGGAGGCGACACGGAGCGUCAGGAUGCUGACGGACGAAGUGUCACAGAUUCAGGAGGUGCGAUACUGUCUGAAGAGUCUGAGGGAGCAGAUGGCUGCCAGACAAAACAACAAUCAGCGUCCAGCCAGUGACUUCAGAGUGAGCUCACCCAUCAGCCAAUCAGCUGUCUCCAACAACAACGUCCCCUCCGACCCUCAGCUUGGAGAUGAUCAGGAGGAGAGCACGAGGCUCAGGGAGGCCACCCGCCGUCUCUACGAGCAGCUGAAGGACAUGGAGAAGCGACAUCAGGAGGAACGGGACCGACUGGAGGCCGAGUCAAAGGAGCAGCGCUCUCGUCUCGCCGAGCAGUCGGAGCGGCUGCAGGCGGCGGAGCGGCUGUCGGAGGAGAAAAGCGAGCAGGUGGAGGAGCUGCAGAGGCUGCUGGCAAACAUGGCGGUCGAGAGCGGCCUUCUUAAAGACAAGAUGGCGGCCGGGGAGGCGGAGCUGCUGCAGCUAAAAGCAGACCGAGAGGACGGGGCAGAAAAUGAGAAAAGGUGCGCAGACUUGGAGGAGGAGGUGGCCGCCCUGAAGGAAAAGAUUCACCACCUUGACGACAUGCUGAAGAGUCAGCAGAGGAAGAUUCGCAACAUGAUUGAGCAGCUGCAAAACUCCAGAAUAGUCCUCCAAGAGAGAGAUCGAGUCAUCGGAGACCUGAGGGAACGAGUGGCCUUCCUGGACGCUGAGAAUAAAGAAAUGCGUGACCACAUGGAGUACUUCCUGGCAGGUCAGGACCCUCCACCCUCGUCCAUUGAAAACAAGCCAGAGAUUGUUUACAGCAAACCUCUGACACCGACCUCACCGACCAACAAAGUCCUUCCGUUCAUCAAAGUGAUCGAGAUCAAAUCGUGAUGGGAGCAACAUCUGAAGAAACCUGAAAAAUGUUCUGUAAAUAUGUAUUUAUCCCCCUGCUGGUAUAGCAACAGUAGAUCUGCAGUCAGAAUUUAACAAACCUCGUGCAUAUUUUUCUCCAGUCAGCACCUCGUUAUCUUUGGGGCUGUGUCUAUAUAUCAUGAUCUUUGUGUCAAAAACAUAAAAACGGCACAAGAACGUGCACAAAGGAAGCAGAAAAAGCCUCUGUUGCACAGAUGUUCUGAAUUUCUGCGUCUGUGCAGUUUGUACUUUUGUCAACAAGCCUUCAGGAUACAGCGGCAGAGUUCACCUCAAGUUGCCUCAUGUACAGAACAAUCGUUUAAAUCAAAGUAAUAAGCUGUUUGUCAGGACAGGGUAGGACAAGCUGUCGUCAUUAAUGUAGGUAAAAAUAGUUUCCAGCUCCUUUCUCCACUCUGUUCCUUCAGGGGUCACGGUCAAUAACAGACACGUCAUUAUGGCACUGUGUAAAAACUUUUACUUUUUUUACUUUUGAGUGGGUUAAAAUGUAGGAAAAACAUACUUAAUGUAAGAUUUUGGCUUAUUCUAAAUUAUUUUGGAAACAAGUUUUUUUUGCUUUUCUAUAUUUACU